CACACACAUUCGAGACACGUCAGAGCGGCAAUAUAAAUUGGAUGUGGAGUUCAUGCAGGGAUGGCAAGUUUGCUGUGUGAUGGCGCGGCCAUCACGCCACCGUGUAGAGCGCGUCGGCCAUGAUCUUCACCUCCAUGCUCAGCACUUGCACAGCGUCUUUUUCAUGGUUGCACAGCGAGAUAUUGCCUUCAUCGUCUUGGCAGAGGAGGUACAUUUCAUGAAACACGGCGCUGUUCUCGCGUUGUUUGUCGUGGCUGCCACCGCCUGCUUCAUCUUCCGGGAUGCAAUCUGGCGCGCUUCGCACAAAGUACCGGCGCAUGGUGGCCAGGUUGCGGUCGCCGACGGUCUUGCGACUAUGUCCAUCCUCCAUGGCGGCCGAUUUCUUGCUGAACUUCAUGGCGGCAUACUUGCGAUGGUGCUCUGGCAAGCCGAAUUUUAAGGUAAAGCACGAGAGGUACCAAUGGACCGUGCAGAGCGCGCGCACGUGGAGGGAGAUGGCUUUGCCGUCGUAGUUGGGCACCUCGAUAAGCUUGUACCCGAGAUCACUCACAAUCGCGGUCGUGUUAAACAUGAGCUGCCGCCCGAGCGAAUUCUGCGCCACGUUGCGCCACCACGAUCGGUUUAUCGCGUGAUCGAGGCACAGCACGACGAUCAAGUUGAUGACGAGCGCGACCAGCUGCCCGGUGUACGUGCGAACGAACCAGCUUUCAAAGAAAUUCACCGAGAGGCCGUCAAGGAUGUUGUCGCGGGUAUCGACGGCCGUGUAGUCGGCGUUGAUAAAGUCGGUAAACUUGUCGCGUUGGAGGAGAAAGAUGGACGCAAAGUAGAUGCAUGUGACGCUGCUAAAGUUGAAAAACCCCACGACGUGGUUCGCCCCGGUGUGGCGGGCCGUGCUGACCAAGCUCGCCCCUCGCUUGAGCACCUUGAGGACAAAACAAUUGAACCACAGCAUGCGAAUGUUGAUGGACCACAGGCGCAGGACGACAAAGCUGUCGUUCGCGCCUUUGUUCCACCGGUACAAGCUCCUGGCAAACACCGCGCUCGACGUUUCAUCGAGCAGCACCGCGACCAAGUACAGUCCCACGAACACGUCGCUGUUGAACGACAUGAACGACAGGCUGAACGCGUUGCUGGGGUACCGAUACAGCGUCGGGGACACCAUGUACCCGAGCUUUUCGUACCAUGUCGAGAGCGUCGACCGGUUCGUCCACCGCACUGUCUUGCGGCUCGUCGAGAACGACACGGCCAAGUACACGACGCACGUAAAUCGCACCCACAAGGCUAACGUUGUCGCAUUCGACCGGCUCAGCAUCAUCCCCAACGCGCGCUUUUGACCAUAGAUCGGCUUACUCGACUGGACGGUCAGCACUUGCGUCGUCGCGUUGAACUGAAUCUGCACCGUGCACCUAUCGACGCCCAUCUCCAUGAUCGGCAAGCACCCCGUGCAGAAAGACCGCGCGUUGAACCGGUACAUGGACAAGUUGGUGCGCACCACCACGCCGUGGGUGGGAAUGGGAAUCGCUGUCGUUAGCCGCAUGUCGGCAUCCACGCGAGCGGGUCGAUAGCCGAGCUCUGCCAACUGUUUGGCGUUCGAACCGGCGGGAGGCGGGGGCGACGGCCCCAUAAACAGGUUGUACAGCGUUGGCCCUCGAACGUGGACGAGUUCGUCCAGGACGUGGCCGAGCUGCGUCGUCUUGGCGCCUGGAGGCACAGGGUACACGUCGGCCAGGUGACGGCAUAUGUCAUUGACCUUGUCGAGUACCACGAACGAUCCUGCCGCGAGAAAGUAGUGGCUCUUCUCGCGCGCAUGGAUGGCUGCGAGCGAGUGGUUUAGGAUGAAUCGGCCAGCGCUGGACACGCUGUACGGCGACGCGUCCGUGGGAAACGAAAAGUAGUGUUUCAGGUCGUUGGCGGACGCGACCUUGGUCAAAACAGGCGUGAAGAAUGUCUUGGCAUUCCCAAUGUAGUCGUUCAGGUCCCAGUUGUUGAUGGCCACGUCGAGCACCAUGCACACGGCGCAGAUCACGGCCGUCGUGGUGCCAAAGAUUUGAGGCCCGCGCGCCUUGAGAAAGCCACGCACGCGCUUCGUGCAUCCUUGCACCGGCAACGCCAUGUUGCCGAGCCUGGUGUUCUGGAGACUCC